AUGGUCACCGGUGCGAGCAAACUGCGCAAGCAGCUUCGCGAGACCAAUGAGUUGCUCGUGUGUCCUGGUGUGUACGACGGUCUGUCCGCCCGUAUUGCCAUCAACCUGGGCUUCAAGGGCAUGUACAUGACCGGCGCCGGUACUACCGCGUCUAGACUGGGCAUGGCCGAUCUGGGUCUAGCCCACAUCUACGACAUGAAGACCAACGCAGAGAUGAUCGCGAACCUGGACCCCUACGGUCCUCCCCUGAUCGCAGACAUGGACACUGGCUACGGAGGCCCCCUGAUGGUCGCCCGUUCCGUUCAACAAUACAUCCAAGCCGGAGUCGCGGGAUUCCACAUCGAAGAUCAGAUCCAAAACAAGCGAUGCGGACACCUGGCAGGCAAGCGCGUCGUCACCAUGGACGAAUACUUGACUCGCAUCCGCGCCGCCAAGCUCACCAAGGACCGCCUCCGCAGCGACAUCGUGCUGAUUGCCCGCACCGACGCCCUCCAGCAGCACGGCUACGACGAGUGCAUUCGCCGCCUUAAGGCCGCCCGCGAUCUUGGCGCCGAUGUUGGUCUCCUCGAGGGCUUCACCAGUAAGGAGAUGGCGAGGCGGUGUGUCCAGGACCUUGCGCCUUGGCCGCUUCUGCUCAACAUGGUGGAGAACGGUGCUGGGCCGGUUAUUUCCGUCGAUGAGGCUAGGGAAAUGGGCUUCCGCAUUAUGAUCUUCUCGUUCGCUUGCAUUACUCCUGCCUAUAUGGGGAUUACCGCUGCUCUGGAGAGGCUCAAGAAGGAUGGUGUGGUUGGGUUGCCCGAGGGGAUGGGGCCGAAGAAGCUGUUUGAGGUGUGCGGAUUGAUGGACUCGGUGAGGGUUGAUACCGAGGCUGGUGGAGAUGGGUUUGCUAAUGGUGUUUAA